CUCAGUUAAACUUGUAAAAAAAAUUUACUUUCAAGUAUCUUCUACUUUGCUUACAUACUCAAACCAAGUCAAGAAAACUGGAACAAGGAGAGGAGGAAGGAGAGAAACAAACAUGGAAAAAGUGACCAAGCAAUGUGAAAUGGGCAACAAGCGAGAGCGUUCAAACAAAGGUGCUUCUUUCAUUAAGGUUCUUGGUCGUGAAUACUCUAAGCAACUGCAAUUACCUGAAGAUUUUACGAAGAACAUGGAUGGCUAUGUACCUCAUCGAAUCAUCAUCGAAAGUGAAGUAACCAAAAAAUGUUGGAGAGUAGACGUGGAAGAGGAUGGGGAUAGAAGGAUGUACUUUCGAGGUGGUUGGGCUGAUUUUGUCGAAGCGCAUUCCUUAGAAGCUGGCAACUUCUUGCUCUUUGAGUACGAGGAACAAUCAAUUUUCCUGGUUAGAAUAUAUGGUCGAAACGGGUGUGAAAAAACUAUGUUAGUGGAAAGUACUAAAGAUUUGCAUAAGCCCAAUAACACUGCCGAUGGUGAAACUGUGGAGGAAAUUGAAGCCGUAGAUUCUGAGCCAGAAUCGAUAGAAUGUGGGCAACGAAAAACAAGGAGUUUAGCUCCAAGGAAAUGCAUAUAUAAACCACGGCAAGCAAUUCCUAGGUCAUACACAAAAUCAUGCAGGGUGUCGGUCAGCCAAAACGCUUUGAGUUUCUCGGUUACAAUGCACAAGUAUAAGAAGCACCAAUUUAACCAGCUGACUGUCCCAAAAGUGAUUUCACUGGGGAAGAAGUUACCGAGCAAAGAUCAAUUGACAUUUCAGGAUGCCAACGGGAAUUCUUGGACUGUAAAACUAGCACACAGAAGGGAUGGUCGCGCACUCUUCGCUACAGGAUGGAAGGACUUCCUGGCAGAUAACAAGGUCUCACCCGGGGAUAAGUUGAGUUUUGACUUCAUGACCGACGAGCUAAUCCGUGUUAAAGUGACCAAGAUGUCAAAAUUUAAGCAUCGAUCUGAUGAACCAGAUGAACCGUUCGAACUAGAAUGUAAAGAAGAUCAACCAAGUAGUAUUGCCCCCGAUGAUAACGAUAAUGCCUUUGAGACUCCAACGACUAAAAAGAAAAUAAUUUCGUGCAUGUCUGGAAAAUCAUUUUCUUUCGUGUGGAGGAUGUCCAUUGCCAGAACGUAUCUACAUAUGCCUAUACAAGUUGUUAGAGCCCAAAACUUGAUGAAGAAAGAUAUUUUGGUGCUUCGUGAUCCUGAAACCAAGUGUUGGCCUGUUGAAGUUAAAAAAUUGAGUGGAAACCGAGUGGCUUUAGCCAAAGGCUGGGUGGAAUUUUGGAAAGGAUACGGCUUAACAAAUGGCGACAAUUUGACUUUCGAUUUCGUGUCCGAAAACCUAAUCCAAGUGAGUAUAAACAGAUUUAAACGACUCGUUGAACCCGAUGUUAUCACAUACUUGGACUCGAAAGAUGAUAAUGAGGAAGCUGCUGGUAUCGAGACAGAAGCAAUCGCUACUCGGGAAGAAACUGAUGCUGCCAUCGCUACUCGGAAUGAGUUUGCUGUUGCGAUUGAGCCAGAAGAUGUCAUGACCGAGGAAGGAUCAGAUGCCAUCGUUGAGCCAGAAGUAGGCAUGGGUAGGUAAGAAACUUGACGCGACUUUUGCUUAGCAUGCUGCAAAGUAUUAUUACUAGUUCUCGUCUUUCAUGUCUGUUUUUGAUGAUACAAGCACCGAUUUCAAAACCGCAACUUGAUCAAUGACCUAUAGUACUUGCAAAUUUCGAUAUAUCUACAAGAGUUGGUGCGGUGUAAGCGCGUAUUUGCUCUGGUAUGUAUGCUUUUCGGAGACCUGGAAGUUUUAGAAUCAACCUGAUAUUUUGUGUAAUUAGAAGUAUGUUAUAAUGUAAUUGUUAAUUUGGGAAGCAGUUGAUGGUUUCAAGUACUAUUAUGUCUUGUAAAAUCAAAGAUAUGAUUAGAUUGGAAAUUGGAAUCUACUUGAGAAUCUUAAGUUUGAAUUUAUGUUCAAAGUAAAUGCCAAAAUGAUGUAUGUGCCUUGAGUCAAUGAGGGACUCAUGUAUGGGCACUUAUGGUGCUUAGCCCAAGUAUUAUAUAUGUAUGAAGUUUAGUUAUGGGUAACUAAUGAGAGGAAAUUUCUAAGCUUUUCGU